AUGUCCAAUGAACAACUUGGCGCAUCGGAUGUGCCAUCCAACCCUACCGAACAUUCGCUUGAUCCACUGUAUGAUCAAUUAUUACACAUCCCCUUUCCAGACAGUGCUGCAGCCAUAGACCAUUGUCGAGAGCUAUGCGCGCAGUUUGGUUUUACGGUCAAACAAGAAGCGAGCACUCAAAGGAAUAUCUACGUUUACUGUUCACGCGAAGGAUUUCCUGACUCUUUACGUAACCCAAAGUCCAACCCUCAACGUAAUCGUUCCUCAAAACGAUGCGAUUGUCGAUGGCGUAUUGUUCUCAAUGAAAUGGACGGCCAAUGGGAGUUUCGAAAAUCGUUAAAUCCGGACGCAGACAAGCAUAAUCAUCCGUUAUUAAAUCCUAAUCAAAUUGAAAGAUCCUGGCCAAAGGAAAUGGUCGAUUUGAUUCACGAUUUGGCACGCCAGCAACUGAAAACUCAAGAAAUUCGCUCCCAAGUGAAAUCCCAGUUUAGUCACAUCCCCUGGAACGAACGUCGAUUCUACAACCGUCUAACCGAAGGACGACAAAUCCAUAAGCAUCGCGAAGCUACGAACCGAGCUCAGCAACUCACCAGAAUGUGGGCAAAAGUAUGUAUGGCUGCAGCGGGCAGUGACACGCUCUCUCAGUAUGUCGAAGACCAGUUGGUCCAUUUAAUUCAAACGACAUGCGAUAUGGCGCAAAUCGACCCUGAGACACUUCAGCUUCCCGAAUUCAUCGAUGACGCGCUCCCCGCUACGGAAUCUUCAACUAUCGCUUCCAACAACACGACUCCUGGCACGUCCACGACCGAUAGGCAAGGAAACGAACGGUCUUCGCAACGCCAGAGAACCAAAUCACGCGACGUUGGUGACCCUUUCACGCCUUUGGAAGCGCCAUCAAAUCAUGCAUUUCAACCCUCUUUGUCCGCCGCGGGUCCUUAUGAAUCAGAGACCAAUUCGUCCAGCCGAGCCGGCAAAGACGCCAAUCCCAAAUUAGGAGAUGCGCGUAAAAAAUACUCCAUGGUCGUGAUACCAAAGCAUAGUUACUUUGUAAAGCUUCAUAAUCACCGUCCUGGACAGGAGGCUUUAAAUUCCCGAACCAUGCGACGAACCCGCUCUCCUUCCACGACCGACGAGCCCAUCGACAAUGGCAAGCCUACAAAGAGACCUUUGCGCAAAGGCAAAGGCAAAGCAAAAGAUAGCCAAGGGGAUCCCGCCACGCCGACGGAAGCGGGGAGAUCAUUUCAGCCACCCAUGCAUGCGUCUUUGCAACCGCACCCAUCUGGCUUGCCUGCCCUUUCGAUGUCACCCUCGCAUACCUCUGCAAUGCAGCAUGCUUCCAAUGCCUCCUUUGUAUACCAGCCUUAUCCAAAUGACGCCAUGGCCUUGGGUCCGCCGCUUGGCUACAUGCAUUCGUCUUUUCAACAUCCUUAUCAUAUGCCUCCCCCAGGAACUGCGUUCAACCCGGAUAUGCCCUUCUCCUUUGAUCCUACCAGCCCUACACCGAUGCCAACGCAUCAUCCGUCGCCUCACAACCAUGCCAAUGAACCAACUAUUCAUCCUGCGCUUCAAUCGAACCCUAUGAUCCACCCCAAACCACCGACCUCACCGCACCAUGGAUCGCCUUCCGUGAAUGUGAUGGAAAUGAAGAGGGAUCAACGGUCCUUGUAUCCAAUGUCGUCGACCACACCAAUGCUACAUCCAGCACAUAAAACGGCGUCCUCGCAAAUGUACAAAGACAUGUCGAUCAUGGGCAGUCGAGCCAUUCUACCUGCAGGGCAAGAACACCAUUAUGCGCCACCGAGUGCAUCCCAGCCGCAUCCUUUAUUCAUGCAACGGCCGCAGCAACUGUCGCCUUCAUUGUCGCACCCUGCUGCAACGGUUAUGUCUGUGUAUCGAUCUGAUGCGGCCCCUGGUUCACCAACAGCACAAGAUAGACAACAAGCACAGCCCCAGCCACAUGGCGACCCGCAAGACCGCCCACCGCAUGGUUCCCAUCCCUCGGAUCAGAGUAUGCACGGACCAUCACAGGCAUCAGUGCCUCCAUCGUCACAUCAACCCCAUUCGACACCGCCCUCGGAACCCGGCCAGCGAUCAUAA